AUGCAGGAUCAGGAUUGUGCACACGCAUCUCACAUGCUGCAUGGCACUGGAGCGCAGGAUUGCAGCCAGCCACAGUCACAGGCGUGUGCAUCCAUGGGUUCCUCCCCAGGGAUGGCAGGGAUGGUGUCUCCCGCUUGUGAUGUAUUUGGAAGCCCUGCUCUGACACCAGCGCAGGAAAUCCUCCAAUCUCUUGAAUCGUUCAGUGCUACAGUCCAAAAGGGGUUUGGCAUGGAAAAUGCCGUUGGCGUGGAGGAAAGUCCAGAACAAUGUGGUGGCCCUGUCAACAGUGCCCCUUCCAACUUUGUGUCCUCUUCAACCUUGAAGAAGAGGGGACAGCUUUUGGUCCGGGGCAUGAGGGCACACCGGCCAAGCAUUCGUCGGCAGCACUUUGCCUUUGUGGACAAGUCGAAGCUUGACACAGAAGAGAGCAUUAGGCAAGAGCUGAUGGGGUUGGGGGGUCUUGUCCGAAUACAACAUGUGGCCUUGGGGUUCCAUGCCGCACAGCGCCUGAAGACGUCACCAUCUCAGGAACUCUUGAUCUGGUUGUCAGACAUGGCCAUGAAGCACAUGCCAGCCGUGAAGCAAAAGGACCUUGCAAUUGUGUUCUUUUCGGUCGCAAAGUUGAGAUACCUGAACCCAGAGCUGAUGGAAGCGAUGGGGAGGGCGCUGCUGGUAUUGCGAGUCGAGACACUCACGACCUUCAAUUUGAGCAACAUAGUGUACUCACAGGGACUUCUGCAGCGCUGGCACAGACGAAGAGACAGCAGUUCGCCAAGGGAGUGGUAUCCUUCCCAUAGGGCAGUAAACAAAGCACUGGCAGCCAUGGCAACGUCAUCCCACUGUCUCAGGUUCUUCUCUGCGGUGCAACUGAGCCAAGUUGCCUUUGGAUUGUCAAAUCUGGACAUCAAUGGGACCGACUUAUGGGCUGCCGUUGCAAAGGAGAUCACUGAGGACUCCCGACUUGGCACACUUAGCAGUUUUGAUCUGUGCAACGUUCUGCAGUCGCUGGCCCGGGUGGGGUUCAAGGGCGACGACGCAGUGCGCAAGAUCGUCGGCAAGCUCUCUGAGCACGACCGCCUGGCCGCCGUGGACGCCGUCUCGCUCUCUUCCCUCUUCUACUCCCUACGCCGCCUGCAGUGCGCCUACUGGGACGACCUGGGGCCCAUCUGCCGCCACGCCGUCAGCCCCGCCGUCCUCUCCUCCUACGACGUCGCCAUGCUGUCCAACGUGGCCUACAGCCUGGGCCGCAUCUCCGCCCACGACCCCGAGCUCUGGCGUUCCUUGGGGCCCGCGCUGACCAAGCCCUCCGUGCUGGCCGCCCUCAACGAGCAGCAGCUGUGCAACGCGCUCCACGGCCUGAUGCUGGCCCAGGUCACGGACGAGAAAGUCGUCCUGCCGCUGGCGCGCGAGGCCACCCGCCGGGAGCGAUCGGCGGAUCGCACCCCUCAAGGCGCGGCGAGUGCCUACCUGGCGAUCAGCAAGCUGGGCGUGCGCGACCCGGACCUGGUGACCUCCCUGGUGCGCGACAUCAUCAAACCGGGCUUCCUGCGCACUUUUCACGUGCGGGAACUGCUGGCGUGUCUGUUUGCAAGCUGGUGUCUCUCCGGCGCGGACAUUUUUUUGACCAGGAGGCUGACGGAGCGCGUGGUCGGCGAGCUGCUGCGCCGGCGGGAACUGGACGCCCACAUGGGCAGCUGGGCGCUGCACAUGCUGACCCAGAUGGGCUACAGGGACCAACGCCGCGUCAGGCACCUGUUCCUUAAGGUCACGGGGGAGGAGGCGCUGGCCACGGCGGCGCCCGAGGAACUCGUGUCCCUGGCGAAGAGCAUGGCCAGGCUGGAGUGCAGGGAGGAGUCUGUAGCGCGGCGCCUCGCCAAGCACGCCACGAGGCCGGACGUGCUGGCCAGGCUGGACGGAAGGGCGAUCGGCCACUUGAUGAGCGGCCUGGCGGCGUUGCGCCACGCGGGAAGCGAUGUGAUAGGGCCGCUCGCCGGCGCAUUGGCCGCGCCCGGCGUGCUGGACGGCAUGACCGGGGACCAGCUGGCGUACCUCCUCCAGAGCUGCCAGAGGCUGGGGUGCCGCGAUGUGGCGCUCAUGGCGGCUCUGGCGCCCAGGGUGGGCCGAGCCGAGGUGUGGCGGGCGGCGUCGCCGUGCUCGCUGGUCGUGGCGGCGCGGUGCCUGGGGGCGAUGGGGUUUGAUCAUCCUGUGGCGGCCCGCGCGCUGGUGGCGGAGGCCGUCGGGGCUGGGCGCCUGGUCGAGAUGGGCCCCAUGACGCGGUGGCUGGUGGGCAUCCUGUGCGCCAUGCCGGCGCUGGGCCUGCGGGACCGCGAGCUGGCGCAGCCCUUCUUGGCGGAGCUGGGAAGGUGCCCCGAGGGCGCGACCGAAAUGACUAAGGGGGAUCGGUGCCGGCUGGGCAGGGCGCUCCAGGCGAUGGGGUUCGAUCACAGGGAAGAGGGCGUCGCGGCCGCGCUAUCGGCGCGGGACGCCCUGAGGCUGGGGCCUCUCGCGGUGGCGGAUCAGGGGCCCCAAGGCACCGAUCUGGUGGAGGAGGGUGGGCAGGAGGUCGGCGACGGCGACGGGGUGGGCGCGAAGCUGCUGGAGGACUUGAACGCGAGGAUCGACGCGUCAAUUGGCGGUGCGGGCGGCCGGGGGAUCGGGGGGCGGAGGAGGGGGCGCGCAGCGGGGGGAAAGGAGAAGAGGGGGGGAGGGGGAAAAGGGAGGAGUGGGGGAGGGUUGGGGAGGGGCCGCCGCGAAGGGAGCGACGACGACUUGCCCGAGGGGCUGUGA